CAACAUGAUCGACGGCUGAGUAUGAGGGAUCGAAGAGCUGAUGGGGUUGACCCAACGACGUGUUUUGUCUGUUUAUCGGGAAACGAAGAUGACCAAACAAGCCCUAUCUCCGAUUACACAUACAAUCAAAAGAAGAUCAAGACAAAACAGAAGGCAUUGCGAAUUUUAAUUGAUCGCUCUCUCUCUCUCUCUGUUCACACAUCUCUCCCAAAGUAGGUAGAAGAAGAUGGGGACGACAUUAGAUGUGUCAAGAGCAGAGCUAGCACUUGUGGUAAUGUAUUUGAACAAAGCAGAGGCAAGGGAUAAGUUAUGCAGAGCGAUACAGUAUGGUUCCAAGUUCUUGAGUGGUGGACAACCUGGUACUGCUCAAAAUGUUGACAAAUCUACUAGCUUAGCCAGAAAAGUCUUUCGUCUUUUCAAGUUUGUGAAUGACUUGCAUGGUCUCAUCAGUCCUGUGCCUAAAGGGACUCCUCUUCCUCUUGUUUUACUUGGAAAGUCGAAAAACGCACUUUUAUCUACAUUCUUGUUCCUGGAUCAAAUUGUCUGGCUUGGGAGAUCAGGAAUAUAUAAGAACAAAGAACGAGCUGAGUUACUUGGACGUAUAUCUCUUUUCUGCUGGAUGGGAUCUUCUGUAUGUACAACUUUAGUCGAGGUUGGUGAGAUUGGAAGGCUUUCUUCAUCAAUGAAGAAGAUCGAAAAGGGACUCAAGCAUGGAAACAAGUAUCAAGAUGAGGAAUAUCGUGCUAAGCUAAAACAAUCAAACGAGAGGUCACUUGCUUUGAUCAAAUCGGCUAUGGACAUUGUUGUAGCAGCUGGUCUUCUUCAGUUAGCUCCAAAGAAGAUCACUCCUCGUGUCACCGGAGCUUUUGGAUUCAUCACCUCCAUCAUUUCUUGUUACCAGUUGCUUCCGACACGCCCCAAGAUCAAAACACCCUGAAGUCGAUCGAGGAAGCUGGUGUUAAGGAGAAAGUCAUUUCAGAAAGUUAUGUUGGUCUUUUAUUAAGGAAAUUUGCUGCUGUUAUAAAACAUCGUAUAAAAUACUUUGCAGGAAUGAUGAUUAUAAUAAUUAUGUUUAUGCCUCAGAUUCUUGAUACACAAGUUUUAAUAGUAUUGCAUUAUUAUGA